AUGUUGCUCCACACACCUGCCCUCUCUCUCUUGGCGCUGUCCUACAUGGCAAAUGCCCAAAGGUGUAUUAUGUAUCUAACAGGUCAACAUAAUGUCGUUCCUGAGCCUUCGCUCGUGUCGGACGUAAAACAUGUCUCUCUCGCCUUCAUGCGUCCUUCGACAUUCACUGCACCCAAUGUCUCUGAAUGGCCGCUUUUCACCACAGUCGAGUCUGUCCGCCCCAAGUUUGCGAACGGCACUGCCAUCCUGGUCGCAAUUGGGGGAUGGGGUGAUACGCAGGGCUUCUCCGAGGCAGCAGCGACGGAGAGCAGCCGAAAGCUGUUUGCGCGAAACGUCAAAGCGAUGGUGGACCAUACUGGGGCAGAUGGCGUUGACAUAGACUGGGAAUACCCCGGUGGAAAUGGAGAGGAUUAUAAACAAGUCCCCAAUUCUGAGAAAGCCUGGGAAAUCGAAGCCUAUACCAAGUUACUCGCAGAAAUUCGGUCCGCACUCGGCCCUGACAAGUUGAUAUCGGCUGCUGUGCCAGGUCUUCGGCGGGAUAUGCUCGCCUUCACCAAAGAGACGAUCCCAGAAAUCAGUUCCUCGGUGGAUUUCUUCAAUAUCAUGACAUACGAUUUGAUGAAUCGGAGGGAGAAUGUCACGAAACAUCACACAGGCAUCCAGCUAUCAUUGGACGCGGUAAACGCGUACUUGGAGAACGGAGUUCCGCCAGAAAAUGCCAAUCUGGGGUUUGCAUUCUACGUGAAAUGGUUCAAAACCGACCCCGAAGGGGGAUGCGAUCAGAACCCAAUUGGAUGCAAAACGGUCUUGAUGGAAGAUCCAUCGACAGGCGCUGACCUGGGACAAUCAGGUUCUUUUUCCUGGCACGAUCCAGUUCCCUCGGAGCUUUCCACCUCUUUUGAGAGGGCCUUAUCUGGGGGAGAAUACGAUAGCGAAGGAGGCGGGCACUACUUCUGGGACUCGGAGGAGAAUAUUUUUUGGACUUGGGAUACACCGGAGGCCAUUCUAAAGAAGUUUCCGGCUAUCAUGGAGACAAAGAAUCUGGGCGGUGUGUUUGCAUGGGGACUGGGCGAGGAUGCUCCUGACUGGGCUCAUUUGAAAGCGCUGACGGCCGGUUUUCGCGAAUAUUCACAAAUAACUGGGGAUAAGCAAGUUGGGGCAUCCUCACAGCCCGCAAGUACGCGAGAAAAAGAUGAAUUAUGA